UCCACGAGAUGGCUCCAAAAACAAAAGUUUCUCAUUUGGGGAAGGUAGAUUCUUCUUUUCCAACCUCAAAAACCGUGGAGCAAGCUCUCAUCAUGAACACGAACAUGGCGGAUUUUCACUCUCAGUUUCAUCUUUCAAUGGAUUGGGAUUGGUUGUUUGAGUUCUUAAGAGGCAUGGUGAAGCCGGUGGCUGCCCUUGCCGUUGUUCUGAUAGCCGUGAUCUUAUCUUUCAUGCAAACUCUGGGUUUGGAAAAAGAGAUGGUUUAUUCCAUUUUCAGAGCUUUUGUUCAGCUUUCCAUUAUUGGGUUUGUUCUUCAGUUCAUUUUUAACCAGGCCAACAGUGGGUGGAUCAUUCUUGCUUAUCUUUUCAUGGUAUCGGUUGCCGGAUACACAGCUGGACAACGUGCUAAGCAUGUGCCUCGCGGGAAGUAUGUUGCUGGAGUAUCCAUCCUGGCAGGAACAGCGUUGACAAUGUUUGUUCUAGUUGCACUAAAUGUUUUCCCUUUCACUCCGAGAUACAUUAUCCCCAUAGCCGGAAUGAUGGUCGGAAACGCUAUGACAGUAACCGGAGUCACCAUGAAAAGACUUCGAGAUGAUAUCAAGAUACAAAUGAACCUUGUGGAGACAGCGUUGGCGCUUGGAGCGACUCCGCGUCAAGCGACGCUGGAACAAGUGAAAAGGGCUCUUGUUAUUGCGCUCUCUCCGGUGUUGGACAAUGCCAAAACUGUGGGUCUUAUCUCACUUCCGGGGGCGAUGACCGGACUCAUAAUGGGAGGCGCUUCGCCAUUGGAAGCAAUUCAACUGCAGAUUGUUGUGAUGAACAUGAUGAUUGGUGCCUGUACAGUUAGCAGCAUCAUGUCAACUUACCUCUGUUGGCCUGCUUUCUUCACUAAAGCUUACCAGUUGGAGACAAAGGUGUUCUCUCCUGAUUGAAGAGUUACAUCUUCUUCUUCAAUUAAUGGAUUUUAAAAUGCUCUUUUCAUGCAAAGCAAAUCAACUAGCUUAGAGUUUACGGGUUCGAACACCAGCUAUGAUUGAGCGUUCACUAUCAAAUAGUUGAGACUAUUUAGAAUAGAUGCUACUUUGUAAUCACCUUUGCUUCAUAAAAAUAAUUGACGGCCGAGUGUUGUGCGAAUGUAAAAAAAUAUGGGAUUCAAGGAUUGAACCCCCAUGUUGCACAUGCAAAUCAAUCACUCUACCAUUUUAGCUA